GCAGCUAAAGCUAUCCUAAACAGAAAAGCAAAGAUCUUCUUAAAAUGGGCGCCAGGCCACACAGAUAUAGAAGGAAACGAAAAAGCAGAUUCCUUAGCAAAGGAAGCUACAAAACAAACACCAAAAGAAUCAAAAACAAGUCUAGCCUUUAUAGGCACUAAGAUCAAGCUCCUCCAAAGAGCUAGCCAGGCAGAAGAGUGGAGAAAGUAUAGGGAGAAAGCAAGAGAAAAGAAGACUAGCUACGGAGCUAUCUUUAACCUUAAGCUGAAAAACCAACUAGUAAUCCCAAGAGGCACCAAAAGAGAGAUUUCAAGCUCUUUCUAUUCUCUUAAGAUAGGGCACGGAUACUUCAAUGCUUAUCUAAAGAGAGUAAAAAGAAGAGAAACAGAACUCUGUAAAUGCGGAAGACCACAAACAGCAGAGCACCUACUUCUA